GUUGGCUUUUGUGUGUUACAGCUCUGAUGUUACUAGCUGAACAGUGACCACUGCCUGCCCAAGGACACCUGCUGCCCAAUUCCCCUCAUCAUGUCUGGGAUCCAUCAGGUGCCAUGGUCGUCUGGCACAGAGUGCGUUGCCAAGUAUAACUUCAAACCUGGCACUGAACAGGACCUGCCUUUCUGUAAAGGAGAUGUAUUGACCAUCAUUGGAGUCACCAGGGAUCCAAACUGGUACAAAGCAAGAAACACAGUGGGCAGAGAGGGCACCAUUCCGGCCAACUACGUCCAGAAACGGGAAGGAGUGAAAUCAGGAGGGAAGCUCAGUCUUAUGCCAUGGUUUCAUGGGAAAAUCACUCGCGAGCAGGCGGAGCGUCUCCUCUACCCCCCAGAGACGGGUCUUUACCUGGUGAGGGAGAGCACCAACUACCCUGGCGAUUACACUUUGUGCGUCAGCUGCGAAGGCAAGGUGGAGCACUACCGCAUCAUCUACCACAACGGCAAACUGACCAUCGACGAGGAGGAGUACUUUGAGAAUCUCAUGCAGUUGGUUGAGCACUACACCAAAGACGCUGAUGGGCUUUGCACCAGACUGAUUAAGCCCAAGUUGAUGGAAGGGACGGUGGCGGCGCAGGACGAGUUCUCCAGGAGUGGCUGGGCCUUGAACAGAAAAGAACUAAAGCUGCUUCAGACAAUUGGAAAGGGGGAGUUUGGAGAUGUGAUGGUGGGAGACUACAGAGGGACCAAGGUGGCUGUCAAGUGUAUCAAAAACGAUGCCACAGCACAAGCCUUCAUCGCCGAGGCCUCCGUCAUGACGCAACUGAGGCACAACAACCUGGUGCAGCUGCUCGGUGUUAUUGUGGAGGAGAGGGGCAGCCUCUACAUCGUCACAGAAUACAUGGCCAAGGGCAGCCUGGUGGACUACCUGCGCUCCAGAGGACGGACUGUUCUUGGUGGGGACUGCUUGCUAAAGUUCUCACUUGAUGUGUGCGAAGCCAUGGAGUACCUGGAGGCCAACAACUUCGUCCACAGAGACCUCGCAGCUCGGAACGUGCUCGUGUCUGACGACAACAUCGCCAAGGUCAGCGACUUUGGUCUCACCAAGGAGGCCUCCUCCAUACAGGACACUGCCAAGCUGCCCGUCAAGUGGACCGCCCCAGAAGCGCUAAGAGAGAAGAGGUUUUCCACCAAGUCGGAUGUCUGGAGUUAUGGAAUCCUUCUUUGGGAGAUUUACUCCUUCGGCCGCGUGCCUUACCCUAGAAUUCCACUAAAAGACGUGGUGCCCCGGGUGGAGAAGGGGUACAAGAUGGACGCCCCGGACGGCUGCCCGCCUGUGGUCUACGACCUGAUGAAGCAGUGCUGGACCCUGGACCCCGCCAUGCGGCCCUCCUUCCGCAUGCUGAGGGAGAAACUGCAGCAUAUCAGAGCCAAGGAGCUGUACCUGUAAAAAGCAGCUAUGGAGGCGGGGACUUGGGGGAGAUGAGGAGCAGCCCUGUACAGAUGGAUCAUGGGAGGAGGAGGAGGAGAAGAGGGACCACAGCACCUUCCUCCUGCUUGCCAAACCAAGGGACUGCCAAACCGUGUUCCCUCCGUCGACCUCAGGCUCCACCCUGCUUCCUCACUAGGACUGUUUUCCUGUUUGUGUUGUAUAGCUUUGCCAAGCAGCUUCCUCACACCUCAUCUUUGUCCUCCUUCACCUGCCGCUGUUUGCUCACGCUCUGUAACCUGGUCCGAGCUGCUCUUCCUCAUCCUCAUCCACUUGCAUCAUGCCUUUUUCUUUCCUUGUUUUUUUUCCCUCCUCCUCUUCCUCCUGAAACGUGGCAUUAACUGGAGGAGGGG